AUGACCACCACCGCCAUCACCACCAGCAAAAAUGAGAACCCGUUUGAGGAAAUGACUAUUCUUGCGGCUGCUCCGAGGACCCCGCCGAGAUCAAAAAAACUUUUCCACAUUGUUUCAUCAAACAAGUUUGGCAUUUCUGCAAUCAUCGCUGGGUUUCUAUGCAACUUUAUGGUGUUUGGAAUUGGGUUUUCUUACGGUGUUUUCCAAGAGUUCUACGGCAGCCCCUCAGGACCACUUGCGCUGCACUCUGAUGCUAAAAUUGCACUCAUCGGAACAGUCAGCACCUCGUUGACAUACAUUUGUGGCAUAUUCAACAAGAGUCUUAUGUAUUACCUCGGUGCAUGGAAAGUUAUGUUGCUUGGAUGUGUUUUGAUGAGCAUUGGCAUCACUGUCACUGGCUUCUGCUCCGAUUACUACCAGUUCAUUUUGUGCUCAGUACUACAAGGGAUUGGUGGCGGUAUUUUGUACCUACCACCAGUCGUCUGUGGUCCUGUUUAUUUCGACAAACAUAGAAGUUUAGCCAGUGGCGUGUUGUUCUCGGGUACUGGAAUUGGAGCUUUUGCCUUGGCUAAUUUAACAAAAUACUUGAUUAAAAAAGUUGGAUGGCAGUGGGGAGUUAGAAUAUUGGGAUUUAUGAACCUUGGUGUUACAGGAUUGGCUAGCUUUAUGGUUUUUGAGCCCAAAUUACCCAACUUUAGAAGUGCCAAUGCUAUUUUAAACGUUAGUCAAUUAAAGUCACCAAAAGUUAUAUCGCAAUUGCUUGGAUCUUUGUUGCAAUCGGCAGGAUAUUUGAUGCCACUUAUAUUCAUGUCCAAGUAUGCUGUUUCACUAGGUUAUUCGAGUUCUCAAGGUGCCUUUUUUAUCGGAUUGAGUAAUCUAAUCAACGCUGCUUCCAAGGUGGUUACAGGAAUGAUUGCAGACGUUGUUGGAAGAAUGAAUACUUUGAUAUUUUGCAGCAGCGUCUCAGCAGCGCUAAUUUUUGCACUUUGGUUACCUGCAAUAAAAAACACGUUCAUGAGCUUGGUUGUACUAUAUGGUGUCUUUUCUGGGGCAAUUAUAUCCUUGUUACCACCUUGUUUGAUUGAAAUAUUUGGAAUUGGUUCAUAUACUCAACUAAGUGGAAUGAUGUAUUGUGCUAGAGGCAUUGGUGUGAUUAUUGGCUCUCCAAUUGGUGCUUUAUUGAUUAUUGGAAAUGGUGCAAACCCAAAAGAUUAUACAAAUAUUGCCGUAUAUAAUGGUGUGCUACUAACCGCGUCUACUAUAUGCUUAGGGUAUCUUUGGAUUGGGGCAUUCGGGGAUAAGAAACCCAAUAACUGGAAGGUUUAA